AUGGAGCAUAAUGGAAUCGGUGACUUCAUUGAGACUGCAAGAUGCGCUGUUUUUUUGGAGCACCGCCGCUGUCCAAGACACUGUGGUGCACUCCUUACUGGCAAGGAAGCAGCUCGCCAUCUAGCCAACGAGUGUCCAAAUCGGGAAGACAUUUGUCCUUAUGGAUGUGGCGAUCGAUUUUUUGGCUACGAGAUUGACGAUGGUGGGGAACAUCCGCCCGUUUGCCCAAUGAAUUUGGCACUUGCAAGCGUAGAAGCAGCCCUGGAAGCAUCUGCAGUCAAGGAGUAUCGACUUGCACUGGAGAAUGUUUAUGCGGAGCGUGACAGGGCGCGGGCACGCUUCAAAUCUCGCGGUGAGAGGGAUCCUGGUCCUGUCUUUGCGACACCAGACUGCCAGAAGCGCGUUCGAGGAGUCGAAGCAGAGGGCUUGAAUCUUCUUACCCGAGCCCGGCGAGCUUCCAAGGAGAGACUCCAGUGGGUGAUUGCCAUGGCAGCUUUGGGGCCCGGGGAUGGCACAGCUGCAUCGCAAGUGCCUCCUGGUGCCGCACGGUAUUGGGACACCAUGGAUGUCAGCAAGGAAUUCACGCGGUCCUCCCGGCCAUGGGACAUGAGUGCGCCAAUUCUGGACCCAUUGCUGCAGACAUUGCAAGAUGCCAGAAUUUGCGGUGCAGACAGUAAGCUUCGACGCAAAGCAGAGGCAUUGCUGUUUAUGGCAGUGCGGCGCUGUCUGCAGGCUGCGCUGGCGACGGAAGUGGACCGAGGCGACGCCGUGCGCGAGUCGUUGAGGAUUGCUGAUGAAGCCAUGAAGAUAUGUGAGCUGGAGGACCCUGGGGACUUACCAGACUUCUGCGCAUUGGCUGAGAAGGAGGUUCUCCGUACAACGCUGAGAAGCCUGGAGUCCACCUGCAAGGAAUUUCAUCAAGCGGUUAAGGAUGGAGAUAUCGAGCUUGUCAAGUGGCUGCUGGAUAGAGAGAAGGCAAACCCUUCGAUCACCGAUCCGGAGACUGGCAUCCCACCACUGGUCAUGGCUGCGAAGGCCGGAGACGUUGCUAUGUGCGAGUUGCUCCUGGACCGUGGUGCAGACGUGGAUGCGCGCUGCAGCUCAGACGGUACAUCCUCACUCCACUGGGCCUGCCACAGCCGGACGUUCCGCGUAGUCAGACUGCUGCUCGAGCGACGUGCCAAUCCCCGUCUUCAAGACAAGCGUGGCCAUGAUCCCUUGGUGAAGUUGGUCAGGAGGGCUUUUCUCAAUCCUGCAGACGCUUGCGCUUUAUCUUGGCACAGGCAGGAGUCGCACCUCCUGGCUGGUCCCAAGCUUGAGGCCGGAUCCGGCUUCAUGACCAUUGAGGCCGCCAAGGUGGCGGCAGAGAGCUGCGAUUCUGUGGGUUUUUCUGUGCACGCGUUCGUGCCUGGCGCGGAGUGGUCUGAUGAGUGCUUCCACAUCAGCUUGCACGGUCCAGGAUGUGCCAGUGCCGUUCAAGCCAGCAAAGUGGAAACAGAGGAUGAUCCUUCUGAUCUGGUUUGGUCUCAUGUCGACCCUGCGUGGACGUCCUUCCUCAAGGUCAAGAACGAUCCCGCCCAUGACGUAUCCACGCUCCUGGCGGUGGGAGCGGAUCCCUGUGCUGAGGACUUGAAGGGGCUCACAGCUCUGCAUCAUCACCUGCUGACUGCCCCCGGCGGUGGUUGUUUGGCAUGUGUGUCAGCGCUGCUACGAGGCGGUGCUGAUGUCAAUCACCGUGACAACGGCUCGCAUCAAGCCACGCCGUUCAUCAUCGUGAUCCAGAGCAAGCGGACGGACCUGGUGAGCUUGAUGCUGAAGGCUGCCUGGCCGCCCCCAGAUGUCGACUGCAAGGCGCCGGAUGGCACGUGCGCGCUCGCACUGGCAACAAAUCUGGGUGCUCGGGAGAUUGCGGACAUGCUCCGGAAAGCGGGCGCAUCUGACUGGGCAGAUGCGGAGCUCAGGCUCGGCAGCAGGACGAUCUUUUCCUACGACACGCGAAAGCCUCCGGUGAACAACUGA